GAGCACAGCAAUUUAUAUUGAUAGCCUAAGCAUCUCCUGUUGACCGGUCACACCCAUCAUGAACCAUCAGUCUUCAUUAGAGAUUGAUUAGUGUCCCGACUUGAUAGAAAAAAUGGCAAGUUCUGCUUACGCAUCUACAGCAGAGACAACGAACGCCAACAGAGCUUGUCGUGUUGUACUGGGUCCAUGUACGGAUGGAUUCCGUGACACACUGCGUUACUACAUCACGCCACAAUCAUUUUCUCACGUCAUCAAACAAAAAAAACAUAAGCUUCCUCGACUGACGGCAGUUCAGCAAGACCUCAUUUUACCUCAAAAUGGAAAUUACGUGGGCAAUUACGAUGACAUGGACAUAUCAUUACUAUAUAUCUUAUUGAGAAACAUAGCUGGCAUUCACCCCCAUUGCAAGGGAUGGGGCAAUGAUCCAGACCCACAUGAUCUGAGUCUCUCUGCCAGCAUCGAGAGGAUUCGAUUGAUCCGGAAUCGUUGUGUUCACUCUGUUCCAUUCAUGUCCCACACAGACUUUAACUCCAUUUGGUCCACCAUCAAAUCAGCUAUGGUGGUUCUGGAUGUCUUUCUUAACAACGGCAACAGAUAUGAAAAGGAGAUGGAUUUCCUACGUCACGAGUCGAUGGAUCCUGACCGUGAUUUACAAUACAGAGAAGAACUUAGGAAGCAGGUGGAGCAGGAUAACAGCACGAGGGAAAUGGUUGACAACCUUAAGAAUAAAGUGGAGAAAUUAACGAUGACUCCCAUUCCUUCAAAUGUAAGAGAGCAAUACGAUAUUGAUAUUCAGAAAUGGAGAGAGGAAGAUAAGCUUUACUUCGAAACCCACAGCUUUCCGACAGUGAUGCAGAAAGUGAGAAACCAACCUUACGUAACGUUUGUUGGUGUGCCUGGGUCUGGGAAGUCUGCCACAGCUCACCACAUCGCCCUCAAGCUCCAUGAGGAAGGCUAUGAAGUUGUACCUAUUAAAGACGUCGGAAAGAGGGAGGAUUAUGGUGACCCCAGGAACCCGCAGGUUUUUGUUAUUGAUGAUGUGGUAGGUGUCUUCGGUCUCCAGAAAAGCAAAUUACAUGUGUUGACUGAUUAUGAACAGAAAAUAACAAGUCCUUGCAUGGCUAUGUCCAAAACUUUGAUGACAUGUAGAGAGGCUGUGUUCAAUGAGACACUACCUUACAAAUCAUUUCUUACCAACGAAGAAACUGUGAUCAAGUUAUACAGUUCUGAUCAUGCAUUAGAUGACAAUGACAAAAUGCAGAUUCUCAAGAAGUAUGGUUUAGAUGUAGAUCUAAUAUUGCCUGCAUUGCUGACAUCAACAUCUCGAAUGUUUCCCCUUCUUUGUAAAUUGUUUUCAAAAGAAGCAAAAUUUCAAGUUCUUGGUUCAAAGUUUUUUAUGAAUCCAUUCCAAUGUGUCAUUCGUGAAUUGGAUGACAUGCAAAGGCAUAACAAAGUGAAUUAUGCAACGCUUAUCCUGUGUAUGAUGAAUGAAAAUCGUCUUUCUGAACAUAUUUUGGCCAAAAAUACGGAAAAGAAUGUAAUUAUACAGGAGGUUCUAAAGAAUUGCAGAUUAAAGAAAAAUAUUGAUACUUUAAAGUUUGUGAAUGCUUUGUCAGCAAUGGAGGGGACAUACACAAAACAGUGUGGUGCACAUUACACAUUUAUACAUGACUCAAUGUUUGAAAUCUGUGCUAAACAUUAUGGCAAACAGUUUCCUGACCAAAUGUUGCUGUAUAUGAGUAGUAGUUAUAUUGCUAAUUAUGUAAAACCACAGACAAGUGAACCACGUAUUGUUAACAAAACGAGAGAGAGACAGAGUGAUUCUCAAUGUAGUGAUGACAGUGAGAGUAGCAAUGAUAGUGAUGGAAAAGAGGUGAGUGGUGAUCAAAACAAUGGGGGAGAGAAAUCGUUUGAUCUGUGUAUAAGGUUACGUGAGGAUCAAUAUCCACUGUUAGCAAAAAGAUUGUACCGAGACAUACAGAACAUGGAGCUGUAUGAUGUUUUCAUGAAUCAGGUUUUAAAACAUCCCCAGGUGCGUCGGGCUUUUAUUGGCUUGUUAAAGACAAAAUCAUACAAAGAAUUGAAAUCCUUAUUUCUGUCCAGUCAGGAAAACGUAGAUAAGAUAGUAAGUAAACAAGAACUGAUGUUGGAGGAGAGUAAGGAGACUGAGUGGAGGGAUGAGAGAUUAAAACAGAAGUUGCUGUUAGAUCAGAGGUAUAAACGAGAUGAUGAGGGGGAAAGAUUGUGGGAUGAAUUCACAUGCAAUGUGAGAGUGAUCAGCUGGCUGAUUUACUAUGGACAUCAUGAAGUCCUAAGAUACAUAGUAAAACAGACUGAACGACACAAGGAAAUAAGUGAAUUAUUUAGAAUAGCAGAAAACACUCCAAACCAUUUUAAAUCUGGAAUAUUUAAAAGGUUCAAGAGUAGGAUUAAUUACAUUGGACAAAAGAAGACAGAGAUGUCUAAAGAGCAAUUUAGACUACUUCUAUUGAGUUGUUAUAGUGGUGAUGUAGAGACUGUCAAAACAGUUCUGCUUCAUGUCUGUAUGAAGUCAAUUAAUGGGAUAGGUAAUGUCAGUAGAAAUGAAUAUGGGGAAAUGUAUAAUGUUUCACCUCUUCAUGUUGCAUGUAAGGGAGGAUAUGCGAUUGUGGUACAGGAGCUGUUGAAGGCAGGGGCUGAUGUAAAUCUACGGGAUACUCAUGGGAAUGGACCACUGGUAACUGCAGUAAGAAAUGGUCCUUUAUCAAUAGUAAAAUGUCUUAUGGAACAUGGAGCUGACUGGGCUACUCAGGUUGUAAAUGUUCGUGAGUCAGCAGUAUAUAGAUCAUUAAUACUGAACAAACUAGAUAUAGUGAAAUAUCUCGUACAGGAACAAAAUAAAUUGAUUCCAUGUGAUGGUAAUGCACACCUUUUUAAUUGCCUGGCGGACAUCAGACAUGCUGAAGUUAAAACAGACAGUAGGGAUAAUGUCGUGUUGACAAACAGAGCAGCGCGGUGUGUGGAUAGAGAGGGAUACUUGUGGAGAACAAUCAGUGAAGGAGACUGUGAUGCACUGAGUCAUUUGUUGUCAAUGGGUCUGGGUGUCAAUCAGUGGAUACAGUUGUAUGAUACAUACCAUGCCAAUAAGAAGUCUGCUGUGAGACAUCUAUUAUAUACAUUGAUUGAUGAGAGGUCUGAUAUUAGAUAUAGAGCAGAGAAGGUGAAAAUCCUGCUGGAGGCAGGGGUGGACGUAUAUGUCAGAGUGAGGUACAGAAAGCAUGGCUCUUUUUUAGACAGGAUGAAGUGUAGGAAACAUGACUAUCUGUUAGACAGGGAAGGUGUUUCUGCUUUAGAGAGGACAAGAAGACUGGUGUAUGAACACAGUAAAAAUUGGCGCAAACACCGAUUACCAGAAUACAAUAUGGUGAUGUGUGAGAUAAAGAAACAUAUCAGAAGACACUCUGUGUAGUCCCUUAUACAAUUGUGGAGAGAGAGAGGGGUAGUUACUGAGUACAAUAGCAAGAAACUUGUCAGAAGACACUCCAUAUAGUCUUUAAUAGAGUUGUAAAGAGAAUUUUCAAAAUCAGUACAAGAGAGAGAUGUGUGAGAUAAAGAAAUUUGUCAGAAGACACUCUGUAUAGUCCCCGAUAGAAUUUUAGAGAGAUGUUGUUACUGAGUACAUGAAAAAGAUAGGUGAGAUAAAAGAAACAUGUUAGAAAACACUACCAUAAGUGUCUAAGAUACAAGAAACUGUUCCAUGAUGUACUGGUACCGAUAUAUAUAUAUAUAUAUAUAUAUAUAUAUAUAUAUAUAUAUAUAAUGAGCUGUAUUGUAUUUCAUUCCAUUUCAUUUUAUAACUGUUUGAAGAGGCAUUAAAGACGA